AUGGAGAGCUCCAGCCGGUUGCUGACGUCGUCUGCUACCAGGGCCACAGCAUCCCUCUUCGUGUCCUGGAAUACUGCUGCCGUCUGUUGUUGCUGGCCAGCACCUAACGCCUCUCCUUUGCCGAGCAGCUGGACAGUCAUACUGCUGGUGUCCCUUCUUCUUACAGAGAAAGCAGACCUUGGCACGCUCUCUGGCACAAAUACACGUUUAUCCAGGUCCGAAACCUCUUCCGUGAUAUUGCGCAUUUUUUCUAGAAAAGUAUCUAGCGAGAUAUCAGUUACGGACAGCGCGGUGACUCUCAGGGCUCCGUUGUUCAUGCCAUUGAUCAAGAGGUGGAUCACAUUCUUGGUAGAACCUCCAAACUCGGAGAAUUUGCAAAGCCAAUCAUAUGACCGAACUCCCCCUGGUGAAACCCUCUGCCAAGGGUAUUUGCUGAAAUACUUGAGCCGGUGAGAAUGUCGCCUGUGAGCCACCUGGCUCAGAUCUUCCUGUUCUCCGACUACACCAGGUAUGGCUGACGCUGGCCUUUCUACUAUUAUUAUUUUUAUUAAAUUGCUGCAAUACCUGUGUAAAAAACUGUUGCUGACUCCUUUGUAACUCCUUUUAUUGCAGGAGUAACGUCUCUGCUACUUGCGAUAACGCAUGAUGGAGCACUGCCAUCGUCACGGGCUGCUUCAGUGCCGUCACCACCGGCAUUUUCCCGAGCGAUCUCUGCAGGACCAUUUAGCUACAUGAACCAGAAUCGCUUCUAUGAGGACCACUCUGUCUUCCGACACAGGGAGGUGAAAGCGUCGAGCUUCCUUCUGCAGCUGUUCCAGCGACGCUCCCUCCAGGACUGCUCGGUCCAUCGCCCUCAUCUUCGGCAUCAUCUGUCACCUUUUCUCUCCCAACUCCACGCGACACAACGGGCGAAUAAGUGGGUCUAAUCUCACUUCUGAUAUUAAAUGCUGUAGGAUGUUAUUUUUAAAUAUUCAAAUUUUUAAAUAUAUACGGUUCGAAAUCAGGAUUGCCAGUCUCGUUCGUAUUCGCUCCCUAUUA